AUGAUUGGACUGCUAGUGGCUUCCUUCCCUCGGCGACCUAAACUCCGACUCAACACGGAAGCCGAGCGCACCGCUUUCCCCAAUUCUAUAGCUCUAGUAAAGCGGUGCCUUGACGUUGCCAUUCAAGCCCGCGGGAUCGGAUACCUUGAUCGCAAUGCCACAGUCUACGAUGCAGCGAUCAGCUAUUUUGUCGGUAUAUGUGCCGGAUAUAUUUACAACAUGCGUCGAUGCCGUGUGUACCUGUCGGAAUGCCGAGUCAUGCUCCAAGUGUAUGAUUUGUGCCGAUCUCCGACCACCACCAACCGUCCAUCCUCGACAUCAGGACCCCUCAGCCCAAUGCCAUCGGCCUCAGUAAUGGUGCAUGAUCAACCAGCACAUAAUUUCACGGAAAGCCAAGGUGUCGACCUCAUCACUCAAGAGCUCGGCCGGCGUCUGUUCUAUGUCACCUUUGUCGGAUAUCAGACAUUACUCCAGAUGGGCUCUUCAGAUAUUAAGGUUCAUGUUCCUCCAGAGACACCAACGGACCGUUAUCCACCACUCCCGCUGGAGAUCGACGAUGAAUUUUUAUUCUCAACACAUGUUGAGUCGCAGCCAUCCGACCGAGUUUCACAGUUAGUCGGAUUCAACGCAAAUGUCCGCGUCUACAGCUCAUACACCACCCUGCUAGCGUGGGAAAUUGCGUUCGGCAGCGGUCAAGUCUUCGAUUGGGAGCACCAGCGCCACUGCAUUUGGGACUGUCUCAAGCAAGCAAAAUCUGCACUUAUCAAUGUUCCUGCUGAGUUGUCUCUCCAACAUCCGAAACACAUCUCUCAUAUAUCCCCGGCGGGUUUGUCAGGUCUUGGCGGAGAUGAUACAAUCUUCAGCUACUCGAAUCAUCAUAUCCACCAAGAACGACGUGCUAUACAGUAUGAGAUCCAGAAAGCCAAUAUCUACGCUAGUCAGCUAUGCACCAGGUCCUAUCUGGUCGAGAAGUACUGGAGCCUUUUCGAGACCUUUUCAAAGUAUGGAAAGUCACCUAAAUUUACGACCCCGGGCAGUACCACGCCACAUAUCAAAAUCGAAGGAAGACCCAAUUCGACACCGAGUGCGAAUGCGACUCCCACUGGUACAGCCACGUCGGAAACCAACACCCAGGCUCAACCUCAUGCGCAAACAGACUAUAUCUGCCGCAUGAUGGCCGAAGAGCGCAAACUGGUCAUCAAAGAUCUCUUCGUGCUAUUACGAACAGUGAACGAAGUGAACAUGGAGCCAAACGGCGCAAGCAUUACCAAUAAAAUCCGCCAAGUAGCAUCCACCCUCCUUAGUCUCUCCCACCGACCGAAUCAAUCUAACACCGAAAUCCCAAACCUCGCAACCCUUGCCGCACCAUCACUAUCACCAACAGCCGCGCCGCCAGGCCUCCACAUCCUCACCGCCGCAGAGGCGGAGUCCUACCUACACGCAUUCAUCGAGACGCUUGUCCGACUGGAAUGUCAUUCUCCCAUGGGUGAUGCAGGCAGUCCCGUCGACGGUGUUAGUCCGCAAAUGAACGGCCGCGCUAUGAGCUAUUUGAGUGAUUAUGAGCGCGAUCAAGAAGAAUUGAGCCAGUGGGCGAGUUUGAAGGAGUAUCAGCGGAAGUUCGCGGAAGCUGGUGGUGUUUUAUAUCAGUUGUAG